CAAUUUUGUUCAAGUCGACCUAUGAGAAUUGGUGUUGCAACUCCUAAGAAGGCGUCUACUUUACAACAAUAUGGACAACAAUAACAACAAUAUUCAUCACAAGAUGUAUGAAUAUAUGAUCACAUCUUGAAGCAACCAACAAAAUUGACGAUCUCACUGUAGCUUAGGUUGAAUUUGCAAUAAAAAUGUCUUCAGCUCAAGAUCCAUUUUACAUUGUAAAAGACGAGAUUCAAGAUUCUAGAAAACAUUACUGUCCUUUACAUCAAGACACAGUAAAGACCCUGGCCUCUAUUAUCACACCAACUUUAUGCCCAUCAGCACUUUCAUCAAAAUUCAGGGUUACUGUUCUUUUGUUUGGUUUACCUGGGUGUGGGAAGAGGACUGUUGUGAAGCAUGUUGCUUCUCAACUUGGGCUGCAUGUGGUUGAGUAUAGUUGUCAUGAUUUACUUGCAUCUUCAGAGAGGAAGGCUUCUUCCAUGUUGGCUCAAGCUUUCAGUGCAGCUCGUAGAUAUGCACCAACUAUUCUUCUGCUGCGCCAUUUUGAUGCUUUCAGCAAUUUGAGCUCUAAUGACGGUUCACAAAAUGAUCAAGUUGGUAUGAAUUCUGAAGUUGCAUCUGUCAUUAGGGAAUUCACGGAGCCAUUUAGACAAGAUGAUGAUUAUGAAGAUGAAGAAGAAGAAGAAGAAGCAGAGCAUAUGAACACGAUUAAUACCCAUCCUGUGCUGCUAGUUGCAGCUGCUGAUAACUCUGAAGGGUUGCCACCUACAAUUAGGCGUUGUUUCAGCCAUGAAAUGAAAAUGGGAGGUUUGACCGAAGACCAGAGAGUGGAAAUGCUAUCCCAGUCACUUCACCUUAUCCCUGAAUUGGUUCCAGAUACUUGUACAGAGGAUGUUGUAAAAGAUAUGGUUGGACAGACAUCCGGUUUCAUGCCAAGGGAUAUUAGGGCUUUAGUUGCUGAUGCUAGUUCAAGUUUGAUUCCUCUUAGUAUUAAUGGCAGUAUCUUUGAGAAGUUGGGUGACAACAAAGAAUUCAUGGUCAAAGCUUUGGAGCGGUCAAAGAAAAGGAAUGCAUCGGCUUUGGGGACUCCCAAGCUCCCCGUUCUGCAUAAAGAUUUGUUUUCAUUUGGGCUACCCUCCAGGGCAGCUUUCAUGAAUGGGAACGCGUCCCUGUUGGCAGCGGGGAACAAUCCCGGCUGA